UUUUUUUCUUUUAAUUAUUUAACAUAAUAUAUUGUUAUAUAAUGCUAUUUUCUUUCUAUUUGCGAAAAAAGCAUUUUCUCAGUAAUAACUUCGCCAUAACAAUUUUAUAUACACCACACAGUAUACACAUUGCUCGAAUUUUUCCGAACACCGUAUACCUAUAACAACACAACUGCUGCAGAAGUUUGUUAUGCUCGUGUUAUUCUCUUCCUUUUUCUUUUUCUCUAACCUGAUAUAUAUCUAUUUCACAUUAGGUACAGAAAUUACAGUGUAAUUGAACUUGUCGCACCGUGUUUCUCUUUUUCCUACUAUAUUCUAAUUGUAUAUUUAUUUCAUUUGAAGUGCAGAAAACACAACGUAGUGUAACUAAUAGACAUUUCAAUGGCUACCGUAACCGUGCGCAGACGUGAACAGCGAUCACAGUCGUACAGGUUAUGUAGACUACGUUCAAAAAUAAGAUGGGAAAGAAAAGGAAUAUUCAACCACCACCAAUAAUGCCAGGACGGAUAAAAAUAGAGAUAAAAGACGAAAUUGGGGACAAUGAUGUUCUUGUAGCAAGAGACCGUUUAAAAGGUGCUCUUCGAGAGUUAUUACAACAUAGUGACACUGGUUCAUCAGCAGAAUCAGAUGAUAGCCCUAUUACGGAUUAUAAACAUCCAGUAAAAAAGAUAACAAAAUCCAUUAAUCCACAACAACCACGGAAAGUCAGACGUCGUCGACCAAUACAAGCUGACACCAUGUUUCAUCAUACAUAUGUGAUGAAAUUAUUUGAUCGCAGUGUUGAUUUAGCUCAAUUUCAAGAAGACACGCCACUGUAUCCAAUCUGCCGUGCUUGGAUGGCUAAUCAACCGAGAAAUCCUCAUUUGGUCCCUAAAGUGCGUAGUCCAAGUCCAGAAAUAAUUAAUGAAGUUAGCAUGGCAGAUAAUUUAAUUGGUGCUGAUGGUGAGAUAAAUGAUGUCCAUUAUUUGCCACUACCUUUACCUCGUGAAGAAGCCAUACCAAGAAAUCGCAUUCCAUCGCCUAUACUUGGAGAGAAAGAUAACUUGAACUUAGAUUAUGAAGGACAAACUUUGAAAACGAAAGAGCAAUUACUAAAGGAGCAUAGUGAACGAUGGAAUGCUAUACGCAAAAAAUGGCAUCAACAAGCACAUAAAAAUGAACAGCGUUAUUUACAGAGUGCUACUAUACUUGGCACUAUUUUUACAAAGGCACAAUCGGAGUUCGAAUAGCAGAAAUGUGGCAGUCCAAUGACUGCCGGUUCUUCUGCCGCUAAUAAUUCUGCUCCUGGUAAUUUUUAUUAUGUCAUCAGGGAAUAAUUUCUUAUUUGUUUUUUUUUCUACACAUCUUCAUUGGUGAGUGAACGCAUAUAUGCAAAAGUGAUUAUACUUAUACACAUCUUAUAUAAGUGUAUUUUUUUUUAUUUAUAAUGCCCAGAAGAAAAAUAUAAUCAUGUUUUAACGAUAUUCCGAUAAUAAGUUACCUAAUCUUAAUACAAAAGUUGUGAUGCACUUGUAACAACUAUUUUUCUUUUAAUAAAAAUAUUAAAACGCA